AAAGAAAGAGAAGAGAAAGAGGAGGAGGAGAGGGAGAGAAAGAGAGAUAGAAAGAGAAACAGAAAGAGAGAAAGAGAAGGAGGAGAGGGAGAGAGAGAGAAAGAAAGAAAGAAAGAAAGAGAAGGAGGAGAGAAAGAAAGAGAGAAGGAGGAGGGGGAGAUAAAAGAAAGGAAGGAAAAGGAGGAGAGAAAGAAAGAAAGAAAGAAAGAGAAAGAGAAGGAGGAGAGGGAGAGAAAGAGAGAUAGAAAGAGAGACAGAAAGAAAGAAUAUAAAGAGAGAAAGAGAAGGAGGAGAGGGAGAGAGAGAGAAAGAAAGAAAGAAAGAGAAGGAGGAGAGGGAGAGAAAGAGAGAUAGAAAGAGAGACAGAAAGAGAAGGAGAGAAAAGAAAGAAAGAAAGAAAGAAAGAGAAAGAGAAAAAGAGAGAAAGAAAGAGAGAAGAGAAAGAGAGAAAUAGAAGGAGAGGGAGAGAAAAGUAAGGAAGGAAAAGAGAAAGAAAGAAAGAAAGAAAGAGAGAAAGAGAGAAGAGAAAGAGAGAAAUAGAAGGAGGAGAGGGAGAGAAAGACGGAUAGAAAGAAAGAGAGAAAGAGAAAGAGAGAAAAGAAAGAAAGAAAGAAAAAGAGAAAGAGAAAAAGAGAAAGAAAGAGAGAGUGAAAGAAAGAGAGAAAGAAAGAAAGAAAGAAAGAGAGAAAGAGAAGGAGGAGAGGGAGAGAAAAGUAAGGAAGGAAAAGAGAAAGAAAGAAAGAGAGAGAGAGAAAGAGAAAAAGAGAGAAAGAAAGAGAGAAGAGAAAGAGAGAAAUAGAAGGAGAAAGAGAGAUAGAAAGAAAGAGAGAAAGAGAAGGAGAGAAAAGAAAGAAAGAAAGAAAGAAAGAGAAAGAGAAAAAGAGAGAAAGAAAGAGAGAAAGAGAAGGAGGAGAGGGAGAGAAGAGGAAGGAAGGAAAAGGAGGAGAGACAGAAAGAGAGAAAAGGAGGAAGGGUGUGUGUGUGAAAGGCAGGAAAGAGGAGGAGAAAAGAAGGAAGGAAGGAAGAGGAGGAGGAGGAGAAGGAGGCGGAGAAAGGGAGCGAGACGGAGAGAGAAGAAAGGCAGAACGAGAGAGAGAACGAGAGAGAGAGAGAGAGAGGGGGGGGGUCUCGAUGGCUCCCUUCUUCUUCUCUCCUUCCUCCUUCUUCCUCGUCUUCCUCGUUCUUCCUUCCGGAUCCGGAUCCUCCUCCUCCUUCUCGGGACGGAGAACAACUGCGGCAAAGAGGUUCCUGGAGAAAUACGGCUAUUUGGACCCGACGGUCACCGGGUUUUCAGAAGCCCUCCGGGCCUUUCAGCGGGAAUCCCACUUGGACCCCAGUGGGUCACUGGACGCCCCCACCCUCCACCAGAUGACCCUUCCUCGCUGCGGCAACAAAGGCAGAGUGACCGCUUGGACUGCGCCCGGACCGAGGAGGAGGAGCCGCAGAGGACGGGACAUCCCGCCAAACGGGAAAUGGCACAAGCGGCAUCUGACCUUCCGCCUGGUCAACUGGCCGCGGUACUUGCCCCCGAGCCAGGUCCGCUGGGCCGUCCAGUCCGCCUUCCAGCUCUGGAGCAACGUCUCGGGCCUGGUCUUCUGGGAGUCCGAGGGCGAGCCCGCCGACAUCCGCCUGACCUUCUUCCAGGGAGACCACAACGACGGGGCCGACAACGCCUUCGACGGGCCCGGGGGCGCCCUGGCCCACGCCUUCUUCCCGCUCCGAGGGGAGGCGCACUUCGACAGCGAGGAGCGAUGGGCUCUGGGCGGCGGGAAAGGGCGCAACCUCUUCUUGGUGGUGGCCCACGAGAUCGGCCACACGCUGGGCCUGGCGCACUCCCCCGUCCGGGGGGCCCUGAUGUCCCCCUACUACAAGAAGCUGGGCAAGGGCUUCCUCCUCAACUGGGACGACAUCCUGGCCGUCCAGGACUUGUACGGGAAACCAUCUCGGGGUCCGGUGGUCCAGCUUCCGGGGAAGCUCUUCGCCCGCUUCCCGGAAAUUGAAGAAGCUCAUCGGGAGGAGCACAACCUCAGCGCCCACUACUGCUGGUCCUUUUUCGAUGCGAUCGCCACAGAUCCAGAGGACAACGUGGUGGUCUUCAAGGGCGGCCAUUACUGGACGGUGUCCGAAGCGGGAGGGAGCAGCGGUCCUCACCCGAUCCAGGUGAAGUGGCCAGGGAUGACCUCCAACCUUGACGCGGCCACCUUCUCGGAGGAGGACGGGAAGUUCUAUUUCUUCAAAGGGGGGCGGUGCUGGCGUUACCGAGGCUCCUUCCUGGACGACGGCUUCCCCCAGAAGUGCAGUGGUGUUCGUGGUGGUGGCGGCGCUCUCCCCCGGCACCCGGACACGGCCCUCUUCUUCCGCCCGCUGGGCCAGCUGGUCCUCUUCAAGGGCCCGAAGUACUUCGUGGUGGACGGGGGGGCCCUCCAGGUGGAGCCCUACUACCCCCGGAGCCUCCGGGACUGGCGGGGGGUCCCCGUGGUGACCAACGGGGCCCUCACCCGCCCGGGGGGGUCCGUCUACUUCUUCCGCAACGACCGAUUCUGGGAGUUCGACCCGGAGAAGCUGCGGGUGGUGGGCGGAGGGAAAUGGGUGUCGCAGUUGGCCUGGCUCGGGUGCCAGGACGUGGCCCUCAACCGGGCGGGGGAGUGACCACCCCUCCUGGGACCCCCGUUGGGUGGCUUGGAGGACAAAAUGGCUGAUAUGUAUGGCUUCCUCUCCAGUGUUAGUCCUCUUCUCUUCUCUUCCAAGAUGGCUGCCUUCGGGAGAACAAAAUGGUGGUCAUCCUCCACUAACUGUGGACUGUCCACCAUCUUGGGUUCUGGUUCUUCCAUGGACAUUUGAACCUAGCAGACUCGAGUCCGGCAUGUAUGGCUUCCUCUCCAAGAUGGCUGCCUUCGGGAAAACAAAAUGGCGGUCUUCGUCCACUAACCGUGGACUGUCGACCAUCUUGGGUUCUGGUUCUCCUGUGGACAGAGAAGGAACCAGCAUUUGAACCUAGUUAACUCGAGUCUGGCAUGUAUGGCUUCCUCUCCAGUGUUGAUCCUCUUCUCUUCCAAGAUGGCUGCCUUCGGGAGAACAAAAUGGCGGUCUUCGUCCACUUACUGUGGACUGUCCACCAUCUUGGGUUCUGGUUCUUCCGUGCACAGAGAAGGAAUCAGCAUUUGGACUCAUUAGGGAUAGGGAUGAAUGGCUUCCUCUCCAGUGUUAAUCCUCUUCCCUUCCAAGAUGGCUGCCAUCUAGAAAACAAAAUGGCGGCCCUCCUCCUGUUGACCAACUCAACCUUCUUCCUCAACCAUCCACCAUCUUGGAUUUCCGUCUCAGGGUCCCGAAUGGCAAGGAAAUGGGGGCGUCCUUCCUUCCUCCUCGCCCAAAAUGGCUUCCUCGGUCCAAAAAAAUGGCAGCCAUCUAGAAAACAAAAUGGCCGCCCUCCUCCUGUUGACCAACUCAAUCUUCUUCCUCAACCAUCCACCAUCUUGGAUUUCCGUCUCAGGGUCCCAAAUGGCAAGGAAAUCGCGAAAACUGUCUUCCUCCUCGCCCAAAAUGGCUUCCUCGGUCCAAAAAAAUGGAGGCCAUCUUGUUUGUGGGACGUCAACACCUCGCUGCUCUUCUUCUACCGAAUACCUCAAAAUUUUGGGCGAAUGAGAUGUGAAGCUUCACUACUGUAUUGAAUAUUCUGCGACAAACCGAUUGUGUUCCUGAAUUAUUCCGACCUUCUGAAGGGCUUCCAUUCGUCCGUCCGUGGCGACGUGGUGGCCCUCCGAGAAGAAGGCCUUCUGGCCUCUUCCAUUAAAGGGUCACUCGUGUUAAAUAUCA